AUGGCAGAAGAUUCUUUGCAGGUGCUCGUCAAAGCUUUGCAUGAUCAUGAUCUGCCGUGCGAUCGAGAAGCAAUCAUAUCUGCGUUUGCGGAUCCAGAGAGCAAGCCCGCCAUUCAAGCUUGGGUAGACGAGUACUUGUCUCCGGAGACUUUACUCACGAAAGAUGAAGCUAACCUAUAUGCGGUACUGACCAAGUCAGGGGAGGCGGACACCCUCGCAGCCCACGACCUUUCUCUUGUUCAGGAAUUCAGUGACCAAGAGAUCCAGAGCGCCAUUGAACAACUCAAACGAUCGACGGCAGCUAUUGAGAAGCAAAGCGAGGCACUACGGCUCCAACAGAAUGCUAUGAAUUCAUUGGUGAGGAGCGAGAAGCGUACCAGCCAGGCCAGGUCGCAUACUGAGAGGGAUCAGUUGAGGAAGUGGGAUGUAGAGAAAGGCCAUAUUACUGCCACGAUCGAAGAGUUGUCCCAGAGCUUGACGUACCAAACCACGGAUCUCGAGCAACAAUGUAAAGCGUCAGAGGCUGGAAUUAAGCAAACCGUGGAUAGCAUCCUCAAAUCCGACGACAAGCUGCUGCUGAGUCUACAGAAAUUGUCAAGCGACUUGGAACAUGGACGCUCAGACGACGAGGAAACAAUUGCGAGGAUACGAGAGCUGUGUGCGAGAUUGAUCAAACAUAGGGUUGAGGGAAUACGAACUAGACUUGAUCGUGUGUAUCUGGAAGGUCUGGCCGGAUCCAAAGCUUCCAACGACCAUGCCGAGGAGGAAGAGGCCAAUGAUCUCCAAGAAGAACUCGAGUCUUUGUAUACUGAAAUCUUGCCCGUUGCGCAGAUGUCUGCAGAACAGCAGUUUCUCGAGCCAGCUCUCAGGGCGAUCGCAGCCAGCGACGGGCAAGGCCAAGAGCGAACUGUACAGGCCGUCAAAUAUAUUCAUGACUGUAUGAUCUUCCUUGUCAACAGAAUUGAAACGUUCCUUGAACGUGCCGAAGAGAGCCAAUGCCACAAAAUGGCAUUAAAAGCUGUAAUAAUCUCUGCCAAUAAAGAGCUACCACACAGGGAAUCGGCCCCCGCGAUCAAGCCCAGCUCCCCUACCAGACCAAAUACCCAAAGGCGCCGGAAGUCAUCUGCUUCCCAGUCUACCCUACGCGUCCGAAAUACUCGAAGAUCUUCCGGCCACUUCGACGAGGAUAUAGAGCCCGAGCAGCAGCUUGCUCGGAACCUAGGAGUUGCACUUCCUCCCGAGGGCGUUUCUAACCAUGAGCGUGCAAAUCUCUUGGAACGGAUGCUGGCAGAACGACUUAUCAGACUGGAAGGCCAUGCAGCCAGUUUACAGUCCACGACCGAGUCCUCGACUUCCUCACACCUGCUUGAUGCUCGUAUGACUUUGGGGCUCCUUCACGAUUCUCUAUUGUCAAAAUCAUUAUAUCACAAAGUCCAGCUUCUUGACCCGAACCUGGAGGCUGCUGUUACGAAUUUUGAGCAAGAAGUCCAGCAUCUGGAAGAUGAUCUCGAGGCGGUAGAUUUACAUAGCCUGCAAGCUAGAAAUGUUCAUCGAGAGCAGUUUAUUGAGAGAUGGUCCAGGUAG